AUGGUUUUGAUUAUGUUUUUAGAAUAUGUCGAAGAUCCCGAUGUUGGUUAGUUGUUUCAUUAUUUUUUUCCCGAAAAAAAAUACCAGAGUGGUUUUCGUACACAAUUUUUGUGAACAAUUUCUAGAUGAAGCAGAUGAAGAAGAAUUAGUAACCAAUUCGGGAUUUGAAUCCAGUACAACUCCUGUUUCAACAACUCAAAGUAGCAGUACGUCCUCUUCCACCACUACAAAAGCUAGUUUAACGUUACAACGAGUAUGUCCUGAUUCAUCUUGGACAUUAUUCGAUCGUAGAACUUAUGGUUGGUGUGUUCUUGUACUUGCCACUGAAGUUACAAUAGGCGACUAUCCGAACUGGCCAAAAAUAUUGAUCCUUCUGCCCAGGGGUGCCGUUUGGGCACCCACAGGGCACCACAGUUCGGCGGGUACACCCGGGUGGGUAUUUUCAUUAAAAAAUGACAGAACGGGUGGCCCUUCGUAUUUGAUUUUUCGUACUAAUUUAUUUUCGAAAUUGUUUUGGAAAUUGUUUUUUUUUAUGCGAAGUGGUCAGUAACAUGAAAAAUUGGUCGAAUCUGUAGAGAAAUUUUAUAAAAUCAGUUUUUUUUUUCAAAAUUUUACUACUUUUCGUGUUAUAAACAUACAUACAAAAGACUUUCUAUGAGUUGAGUAGGAGCACCUAUUCUCUCAAAGGUGGAUUUUAUCACGAACACUUUUAUUUUUAUGUAGUUUGGUGUCGAAGUGAAACAUAUUUUAGCUUUUUCUACAAUAUAAUGCAUUUUAAGUCAUUUUAGAAGUCAAUAAAAUCGAUAAAAUUGAAUUUUAUCGAUCUUUUUUGUUUUGCAUAUUAGUUUUUCAAUCAAAAGUCACUCAUGUUUUAGCUUAAUUCGUCCAAUAACAAUCAAAAAUUUGCAUCAUACCCAAGGGUGCCCUAAGGGUGCCCACACCCAACCUUAUCACUCACCCCAGUUUUUGGAAGGGGAUGUCACUUGAGAAAACAUUAUGAAGAAAUUUUCUAAGCUUUGUACUCUAUCACUUAAUUGGAGUGAUUAAAAUUUCCACGAAUUUUGAUUCAAAAAUCGAUAAUUUCAACAUUUUCAUCAGAUAAAAGUUCAUAAAAAUUUAGAUUGUCAAGUUUAUUUAGCUGAAAAUGAAAAAGGAAAGGGGGGGGGGUUAUCCCUUUUGCCAGAAAUUUUCAAAAACAGGGGUGUGCAUUGGUGGAUUUGAAACGAGGGUAUGCGACGUAUGAUUAAAUUACCCGGGUGGUGCCCGGGUAUACCCAGGUAUCAGCGGCAGCCCUGGUUGAAAUAUCGUAAAUUUUUCACUGUUUCAAAAAUAUUGGAAGUAAAUUUGAGAAGAAUUCGAAUUUGAUUUGUACUUCUCCACGUUUCCUUGAAAAUCUGAAAAUCCGGUCUGGAAAUUAUGCAUUUCUCAAUCAAAAACAAUUCAAAAUCUUUAUUCAAUUUUCCAGCCAAGAACUUGGAAAACUAUUUGCUGUGGAAUUGUUUCAAAUCAUGUGGAUAAUCGGGAAGAUCUAGCUGAAAGUGGAAGUAAUCAACAAUCUCCAAGCAUGUCGAAUUUGUGA